GUUCGCGCAGUGCUGUCUGCUGUCUGUUUGUCAUUGUUUUGGUUGAGAUGGCAAGGACGACAUAACCACAACGAGUGUCCCUCGUUUUCAUGUAAUUUGUCUUCCCUGGGACUCCGUGCCUUUUGACAAUGGAGGAGACGAGUGACUUGACAGCUGAGAGCUUGCUGGGCGUGGCGAAGUAUGUCAUGGAGAUGCUCAGCCCCAGCCACAAACUGGUGAUUCGCAAUCUGGAAGAAGUUCAGACCGCCUUCAGACACGAUUUUAGAAGCAAACGGACCCGGUUAAAAACCGUGGCAGUGCCGCAGGAAGUCAUACAGAGUCUGGUGACUUCCUCGUCGCCCAGUGACAGCGUAGCUGACCAUGAGAUGUGUGUUGUUGUUGGUCUCCGAGCUGCGGUCAAGCUGGGUGUCCCUGUUGGAGGGGCCUGUUUGGGCUUUGUCUCAAAGUGCUCCUGUCCCCUGCUCUCAGAGAAGGAGUGUGGACCAUCAUGUCAGACGGCAAGACAAACCCCCAAGGUGUACGCAGUCCAAAUCAUGUCCAAUCGUAGAGUGCCUCCGUACCAAAUGUUGGUCAAUGAAACUGUGCAUCAUAAUGUGAUAACGUCUCUGUAUGGUUCCUCCCACCGCACUGAGAAAAGCAUAGUUUUAAAUGUGAGGCGGUGUGAUAAAGUUAUUGGAGAAGGGCGAGUGGGUCUGAAGUAUGCUUCCCAUGCCGCAGUCUCAUGGAUUCAGCAGCCUCAAGUUGCCGAUGACAGCAUUAUCUCUGCAUGUCUCAGUGGCUUCUUCGAAGUUCCUCGUCAUUUACACAAGGGUGAUGUGUUUAGGAUAAAAUUAUCGGAACAUGCCCCAGAGGUGUUGCUGGCACCAGGAAAGUUUGGCUUGAAAGAUUUUUAUUUUGUGAUUUUAAGUAUUGAUGGACCAAGAUACAGAGGUAUUCAAAAGGCGGAAGAUAGCAUUGGCUACCUUGUUGCCAAGGGAGAGACAACACUAGUUCAAGAUGUCAAUAAGAACAGCUUUCUUCCCUGUUGUACAUUAUCUAGCAAAAGCACUCUAACAUACUUCUUGCAAAAACAUCCUGUAGGACUGAAAAAUGUUUAUAACAAACUGACAAAUGCUCUUACUCCUUUUCUCAAAGGUGCCUCCCCUGGUUUGAAACCAGCUUUCUUGAUGACUGGCCCAGCAGGCUGUGGAAAACGUAGUAUUGUGUCCAGUGCAGCUGCCCAAUUUGGAAUGAAUUUUUGGGCAGUUGACUGUGCAGAAAUUAAAGGGGGUACCUCAGGACAAACUGUUGGUAAAUUACGUGCAGUGCUUGCCAAAGCAAAACAGUAUGCUCCUUGUAUUGUACUGAUGUCCAAUAUUCAAAUUCUUUCUCAUGAUCAAGAUGGACGAAACGAUUCUCGCGUUCUUGACGAGUUCCAAGAUCAGUUGGCCGUGUUGAAAUCAUCCAAAUUGCCAAUAGUGCUGGUUGCAACUGCUGCAUCCUCAACAGAUCUCACCUCUGCCUUUGCUCGAACAUUUCUAUUAGAGAUCCCUGUCAUUUCCAUGGAGAAAGAGGAGAGAAAAAUUCAGUUGAAACAGUUGAUUGCGGAGCAUUGUGCUUCUGCCAGUGAAGAAUGUCUUGAAGAUAUUGCAUCUCGCUGCUCAGGAUUUCUGCUUGGAGAUCUAAAUGAGCUUGUGUCCCUGGCAAUAAGGAACAAUUUGUGUGGAAAACAACAGUUGGAGCAAACUGUGAGUGAAAGUCCAUGCUUGAAUUUGACUGCAAGUAACUUUGGUGAUGCACUAGAAAAAAUGCAGAGUGCUUAUGCUGGUUCCAUUGGAGCUCCAAAAAUCCCCUCCGUGAAGUGGAAUGAUGUGGGUGGCCUUGAAAGUGUCAAAAAAGAAAUUCUUCAAACUGUCACCCUACCCCUGAAAUACCCAGAACUGACUGCUGGAGGUCUUGGGCGCUCAGGAAUUUUGCUUUAUGGCCCUCCUGGGACAGGGAAAACUUUAUUGGCCAAGGCUGUGGCUACAGAGUGUAAUUUGAACUUCCUCUCUGUGAAAGGUCCUGAGCUAUUAAAUAUGUACGUUGGCCAAAGUGAAGCUAAUGUAAGAGAAAUAUUUGAAAGAGCUCGAGGAGCAUCACCAUGCAUCAUAUUUUUUGAUGAGCUGGAUGCUCUGGCGCCAAAUAGGGGUCGCAGUGGGGAUUCUGGUGGUGUUAUGGACAGAGUUGUGUCUCAAUUACUGUCUGAAAUGGAUGGACUCAACAAAUCAAGCCUAUUAUUUGUGAUUGGUGCUACAAAUAGGCCAGAUCUGAUAGAUCCGGCCCUCCUACGACCUGGAAGGUUUGAUAAGCUGCUGUAUGUAGGGGCAUAUGAAGAUUCAAGCUCCAAAUUGAGUGUUUUGAAUGCACUCACAAGGAAGUUCAAGCUUACUUCGGAUGUGAACUUGGAAGAAAUAUCCAAAAAGCUACCACAUGAAGUAACUGGAGCUGACAUGUAUGCUGUGUGCUCUGGUGCCUGGCUGGGGGCCGUUAGGCGUAUCAUCAAACAAAAUGAGGAGAGGAAAACACAACCUUCGACUGAGGUGGAGGUUAACCAGGAAGAUUUCAUCCAAGCAGUUUCAAACAUGGUGCCAUCUGUCAGUUCAGAGGAUAUGCUUUACUUCAAAGGCCUUCGGGAACAAAUGUCUGCAGUUCCUGCUAAAUAAAUUUAAAUUUGUUCAAGUUUAGAAAAAAUUGUAGCAGAGGAGCUAAAAUUGGUGGGAAAAUCUGGGAUGGGUUGUCUCUUAAUGUGGUGUAAUGAAGGUAUGGGCGGGCACACUUGCUUUAAAAUGAUUUUGGGUAGGGUAUACGUGGUUUAAACUGUAGGUAAAUGGCCAUUGCAACCAUGAUUACAGAAAUCUGUUCCCAGCCACUCUGACAAUGAUUUUUGUCUAUUUGUCACCUGUGAUAACAACUACCCUGUACAAAACAAAUGUGUUUUUGAUAAUUAAUUUUACUUUGACUGUCAUGCACCUGUGAUGUGAUUUUUUUUAAGAAUAUUUUUCCAUUUUUUGUACCAAUUGUUAUGCUUGAAAUAUAUAGUAUUUUGAAA